AUGGCCUUCUCCUUCGGUGGGUGCAGCUGGAGUAGUCGUGUAGAGCUGACCAUCAGGCGCGCCCGCGGCACAGACCCAGGCGCAGCCCGCGGCCUCCGGCUCGUUGUUUGGAAGUACGUCGCCGUUCCAUUGUUUACCAUGCUGACCGCAGACACUGCCAACACUAGCACGUCCAACACGAGCGGAACGGGAACGGGAUUCAGCGGAUUCGGCACUGCCAACAACACCACGACGCAGCAGCCGGCGAGCGGCGGUCUGUUCGGCUCAACGAGCAACAACACUGCCAACACUUCCACCGGCGGCACCGGGCUGUUUGGACAACAGCAGGCGAAGCCCGCCGGCGGUCUGUUCGGAUCGACAUCGACGCCGGCAACGAACACGGGCGGCGGUCUGUUUGGCUCGACGUCACAGCCCGCGCAGCAGACUGGCACGACGGGUGGCGGUCUGUUUGGCUCCACCAGCACGCCGGCUGCCAACACAAACACUGGUGGUGGUCUCUUCGGAUCAACGACGCAGCCGGCUCAGCAGACCGGCGGCACGGGGCUGUUCGGCUCGCAACCUGCUUCCAACACGGCGACGACGGGCGGUCUCUUUGGUCAGGCGAACAACAACGCGGCUCAGCCGGCAUCAGGCGGUCUGUUCGGGUCAACGGCGGCGAAGCCUGCGACCGGUGGUCUGUUCGGAUCGACGACCCAACAGCCGGCUGCUUCUGGCGGCCUUUUCGGAUCGACGACUCAGCAACAGCCUCAGCAGAGCGGACUCUUCGGCUCGACAGCCAACACUCAGCAGAACCAGCAACAGAGCAGCCUUUUCGGUGCGCCGAAGCCGGCAGGUGGUCUGUUCGGCUCCACGGCACAGCAGCCGAAUGCUCUCGGAGCGUCCACUCAGCAGCCCGGUCUCUUCGGAAGCACGAAUCAGCAGCCGCAGCAGCCGGCCGUUGCGCCCGAGCCGACGAUCGAGGAGCGAAUGAUGGCGAUCAAGAAUGCGUGGGAUCCCGCUAGCCCGGACUGCAAGUUCAAGUACUUCUUCUACAACGUUGUGGAGCCGGGGACGACUGGGGCGUACGGUCGGCCAGCAGGUGCUACGGACGAUGCGAAGUGGGCGCGUGCCGUUCGAGACAACCCCGAUCCCUCUUGCAUGGUCCCGGUUUUGGCGACAAGCUUCUCGGAUGUGAAGAAGCGAGUGCAGGCGCAGGAACAGCUUGCGAGUGUUCACCAGCAGCGUGUCAAGGAGCUGAACGCCGCACUGCAGAAGCUGAGCCAGCAGACGGCGCUCUCGUCGAGUGUACGGCUACAGGCUCUGCAGCAACACCUGGCCCAACUGCAGCAGCGUCUGCUGCACCUGGCGGCGCAGGCGCCGAACUUUGCGCCUGCCCAGUCAUCAGCGUUCCGGCCAGAGGAGGGUGAGAUGAAGCAGACGCUCGAGGAGGUGAAGGACACGCUGGACGGCCGCCAGCGCCUCGUCACGAAGAACAGCGUGGGUCUUUCCGCCGCGCCGCGCGCGCCGAGCAAGGGUCGCAUGAUUGGCCAGGUGAACGAGCUCUGGGGACAAAUCGAGGAGGUCCGCCGCCUGCGCCGAAGAGGCGACCAGGACUGGACCGGCGAUGAGAAGCUCCUCGCCGAGAUUGCCGUUGUGCUCGAGCAGCAGCAGACGGCGCUCAGCAAGCUCAGCCAGCUGUCGAGCAAGGGUGUGUUCGAUGCGGACGUCAUGCAGAAGGGCAUCGUCGGGCUCGAGGGGAGGUAG